AUGACCACGGUGUGGCAUCGCUACAGUCUUAGUCUAUUCCCAUCCCUGGGCUUGUUCAUUGGUUAUUGGGACAAUGUGACAAAUGCGCAGUUGAUCCACAAGCGAAUUGUCAAUCGACUGUUACCAUCUCACACGGAUGCGGUGUGUGUGUUCCUUGAUGCUGCCAACAUCUUUGCACCACGACACAUCGAAGCGGCAGUCAAUCAAGCCCUACUGCAUCUUUCCUCCGGCUCCCUUAUCACCAACGAUUUCGCUACCGAGGUCAUCUUUUGCCUUUCGCCUACACGUUCGAUAAAACACGCCUUGGCCACCUUCGGUGCUAGUUCAGAAACACGUCGUUUGUUGGCUGCUGUGAUUUGUACAAAGACCGAUUCCGAGGAGCCACCGUUACCUAUGUUCGCACAAUACUUGUCGGAGUUAGAGCAUCUGAUUUCCGGUUCACCCCAAGAUUUGGUCGAUCUCAGUAGAGCCCGCGAGAAUGUGAUCAAGGUGUAUGGGAUCACGGAUGACGAACUAGCCAUCAUAGAUCAGUCACCCCUCCCUGACCAGGCUUUCCUCGACAGCACUUUGACUAGGAUGAGCGCUCGGGAAUUGUGCCGUGUUUGA